AUGCGUACUACAACGCCGACCAAACGCAGCGCUAGUCAAGCUGGCCUUGACAUCUCAGCGGCCCAGCCCAAGCGUGCCUGCCGCAACCCGUUCAUUGACGACGAAGAGGAUGAGUUGGAACUUCCACCCCCGGUCGCCGCCCCGACUCGUAAGGUGUCGGUCCCGUCGACCCCUACCGUCAGCCCCCUGAGCCCGUUCGACAGCAGCCGCAUCAUCUCGUCUGACACAUUUGCCGAGUAUCAGGCACAGCGCCAGGACGAGCUACAAGUGGCCGAGGAGGCGGUCUUCAACUCUGUCAUCAGGCUCAAGCAUCUGAACAACGACAAUCUCACCCUCACUAUCCACAACUUUCUCGAGAGGGAAAUCCGCCAGUCUGUCUAUAACAGAGCCAUCCCCUUUACGUCGCCUUCUGAGACAAAAACCAGACCAGUCCAAACUGAUGCGUCUGUUGCCAGUCUCAGAAACAGUACGGUGCAGACCGAGUCUCUGACUGGUAUUCUCAUAAGCAGCACAGUUCAGACAGAUGCCUCAGUGGCUACUCUUACAAGCCACGCAAUGCAAACCGAAGAUACAACUCUUGCUCUCACAAGCAGCGCUUCGCAGACAGAGCCGCUUCCUAUUUGUGAGAGUCGCGCGACACAGACAACCCCUAUCGCCACCCCCCUUCCCCCCCUUGAGCCUACCUGGGAGGACUUCUAUAAGAAAGAUCUGGAGGCCAUCAAGAUGACGCAGCCGUUUGUGCCAGAAAACAAGGUACCUGUCUUGACGGUCAAGAACAAGCUUCGCGAGGCUCGCAUCAUGACUCGCAAUGACUCCGUGGCCUCCUCUGUUGCUGGUAGCUCGCGCCGCGGCAGUUCUCAGUCGAUCAACAAAGGUACCAUUCAUAUGUCAUCUUUCUCUGCACCCGCCCCUGUUCCUGCUCGCAAACCUUCCACUGCGGCUGCGCCUACUUCCGUCAUCAGCAUCGACGAUUCAGAUGAUGAUGAUGAUGUCCCCUCAGCGGAAAGAAACAACCUCGACGCCAGCACCCGCAGUUCUUUCCACGUUGGUGGCACCUUUGGUCAGGGAGGAUACACUUACGACGAUGACACCGAAGGCGAGGAUGGCUACGGAGCGUUCGACAACGGCUACAGCAUGGGAGACUACAGUUCCCAGGGCACUUACCAGGUCGAGCCGGCCGACUUCUACGGCUUAGGCAAGGGGCCACACAGAAGCAUCGACGAUCAGCUGCGCUAUCAGGACCGCCAGUCUCAGAUCGGUUCUUACCCAACUCCGGCCGCUGGUCACCGGCUCCAAAUGGAUGCAUACUCUCGCGCCGUGGGCUCGACCCAUCGCCGCCGCCCCGGCCAACAAAUUACCAAGAUCCUCGAGGAGACAUCAUGGGGCUGCCCUCGCGUCCACGACGAGGCGCGCUCGGUCCAGCUCUCCUGGGCCAGAGACAACUUCAAGCUAAUGAAGGGCUUUCCGCUGAUCGAGGAUGUCGAGUUCAUCGUGCCGGACAACAAGGCGUGCCCCGACGGCGACUGCUACUGGCGCUCCAUCGCCUUCCACCUGUAUGGCAGCGGCAAGCACUGGGACCUCGUCAAGGCGGAGCACCUGUCGUACGCGUACCACGUCCUCUCGACCCCGGGCCACGCGCGCCAUGAUCUGUACAGCAACGAGCUGAACCAAAAGUUCUUCAAAACGGCGAGCACGGCCGAUGGCGGCCAGAUCUUCCGCGCCAACAUGUACCAAGGGCUGCACCUCGCCCACGCCUGGACCCCGGCGCUGAUGCAGCAGGUGACGGCGGACCUGUACAACAUCUGCGUGAUCGCCUUCACCCGAGGCGACAACAUGACCAUCACCGAGACUGCUGUCCGCGGAAGUUACAACUCACGACACAUCUUCCUGCAGUUCGUCGAUGACAAUCACUUCCAGCCCAUGUGUCCCAACCGGUUUGCGCCAUCUGAGUUCCGCUACCCUCGCGUAACAGCCGAGGCCACUGCCAGGUUCACCUACGCACCCAAGGCCAACUCCAGCAAGACUGGAGUCUUUCACCCAUGGCGAAAUGAUUUCACGAGAGAGGUACCGGGCCCCGUGCCGCGCCUUCAUGGUUGCGAUGUCGAGAGCUUGCGAAGCUUUUUGGGAAGUCAUCCGACAUCGUGA